CGUGCUGCUUCCACGCCUCUGCUUCCUUCACCUCGUUCUCGGGGCUCUUUCCUACCUGGCGGACCCUGGGCCGGGCGAGCCCCGCUGGCCUUGUGUGAUGCGCCCCGGCCCCGGCGGGCUCCUGGGUCCCGGUCCGUCCAGGGACAGGAGGGCCCGGGGACCGCCCGCCCCCGAGGAGUCAUGACGGGACCAAAGGCCGCUCGCAGCCCUGCGUCCUCCCGGGCCCCGCCGCAGCCGCCGCCCGGAGCUCGGGCCCUGCCCCCGAGCCCCGCCUUCUGAGGCCGGGCAGCGACUGUGGAUUCUGGGCCGUCGGGAAGCGGGCCGUGAGCUGGCGGCCUGGCCCUCCUCGGCUUCCGUCUGUCAGGUUUUAAUCUAAUUUGAAGAUGAGUAAGUGGAAGAAGACUCCAGGUGAUCAGGCAGGAGGCCUUGAAAAAUUCAGUCCUGAUGUUCUUACUACUGUUUCUGAACUCUUUGCCAAGAAGUUUUCCUAUGGUAAACCACCCAAUAAUGAGUGGCAGUUACCAGAUUCCAAUGAUGUUUUCACCUGUGAUCAUACAGAAUUCAGUUCACUUCUUGUUUUGAAGAAUUCCAUGAAUGAAGUAAAAAACUUAUUGAGUGAUAAAAACCUAGAUGAUUGGCAUCAGCAUACUUCCUUCACCAAUAAAGCUGGAAAAAUCAUUCCUCACAUGAGAAAGAUUGUAAAUGCGGAGCUUUGUACCCAGGCUUGGUGUAAAUUCCAUGAGGUAUUGUGUAGCUUCCCACUUAUUCCCCAAGAAGCUUUUCAAAAUGGAGAGCUAAACUCAGUACACCUUUGUGAAGCUCCUGGUGCUUUUAUAGCCAGUCUUAACCACUAUUUAAGAUCCCAUAACAUACCCUGUGAUUGGAACUGGGUAGCCAACACCCUGAAUCCUUACCAUGAAGCAAAUGAUAACCUUAUGAUGAUUAUGGAUGACCGACUUAUUGCAAAUACCUUGCCAUGGUGGUACUUUGGUCCAGAUAACACUGGUGAUAUCAUGACCCUGAAACAUUUGACUGGGAUUCAGCAUUUCAUAAGCAACAUGUCUCCUGUUCACCUGGUCACUGCAGAUGGGAGUUUUGAUUGUCAAGGAAAUCCAGGUGAACAAGAAGCUUUAGUCUCUCCUUUGCAUUACUGUGAAGUAGUCACUGCACUGAUGACUCUUAGUAGUGGUGGCUCUUUUGUUUUGAAGAUGUUCACCCUCUUUGAACAUUGUUCUAUCAACUUGAUGUACCUGCUAAAUUGUUCUUUUGAGGAGAUUCAUGUUUUCAAACCUGCUACUAGCAAAGCUGGGAACUCAGAAGUCUAUGUGGUUUGUCUUUAUUAUCUGGGGAGAGAGGCCAUCCAUCCUCUGUUGACUAAAAUGAUGCAACAUUUUGGAACUGAAAUUAUCAAUAAAGCUCUUUUCCCCCAACAUAUAAUUCCAGAAUCUUUUCUCAAAAGGCAUGAAGAAUGCUGUGUCUUCUUUCACAAAUAUCAGUUGGAGACUAUUUCUGAAAACAUUCGUCUGUUUGAGUGCAUAAGUGAAGUGGAACAAGCUAGGCUGAAUAAUUUAAGAGACUGUGCUGUGGAACACUUCAUGCAAAAGUUCCAAAUGAAACGCCUUUCCAGAAGUAAUUGGCUAGUAAAGAAAUCCCAUAUUGGGUGUAGUAUGAAUUCAAAGUGGUUCGGACAAAGAAACAGAUAUUUUAAAACCUAUAAUGAAAGAAAGAUGCUAGAAGCACUUUCAUGGGAAGAUAAGAUGGCCAAUGGAUACUUUAAUCAUUGGGCUGAAGAGCAUGCUAUAAGUAAUGCUGGGAAAAAUACUGUUUUAGAAAGUGUGUGCUCCAGUCUUGAAUAUCACUUGUGGUAUGUCUUGGAAGGAAUGAAAUUACCAAAAGUAAAGUGCUCUCCUUUCUGUGAUGGUGAGAUUUUAAAGACUCUAAAUGAAGCCAUUGAAAAGUCAUUAGGGGGUACCCCGAACUUGGAUUCCACAUUGAGACAAAAGCCACAGCGUUGCUAUUCUUGCCAUGUUCUUUCUGAAGAGCUGAUUUUUUCUGAGUUGUUGAGCCUUACAAAAUGCUCUCAGGAUGAGUCAGCAGAAGGUCUCAGCAACAAAAUCAAGUGUCUGGUAGUAGGUUUGUCUGCUCUUGAUAACAAAAUCUGUCAAUCUGUGGAAGUGAGUCUUUUGGAGUCUGCUGAGCUUGCGGCUUUCCACUGUUCACUGCUUCACGAUGGAGAACCUAGGUAUCAGCAGGUAUUUCUGGAUUGCUUUCUGAGUUCCCUACCUCAGCUUCAGACAGGGGACACUUUGAUCUUGCCUGUGCUGUCGUGUUUCACGAGGUUCAUGGCUGGCAUGGUCUUCGUUCUGCAUAGCUGCUUCAGGUUCGUCACCUUUUCUUGUCCGACUUCCUUAGAGCCUCUGAGCACUUGUGCGGUCCUUCUGUGUGUUGGUUAUCGGGGUCUCCCAGCCCCUGUGCUCCAGUACCUGCAGAAUCUGAAGGAACUGAUGAGCACAUUGCUCAGCUGUGACUCUUCACAUCAGGUUUUGCAGUUUGUGCCAAUGGAAAUUGUCCUUAAUGGAACGCUGCUAGAAUUUUUAUGGGAUUUAAACACUGCCAUUGCAAAAAGGCAGUUGCAUUUGAUCAUUCAAGGAGAGCAGCAGCAGAAGUCCACGCUGUAAAACUACAGGCAGAGCUCUUUACCUUGGCUGUGAUUGCAGAUUUCAAAAUUCCUUUUCAACAUAGUUUAAAACUGCAGGGAUUUCGGUUUGGGGACAGCCCAGGUGUUUGCAACAUUCAAAGUUUCUUCAGUUUCACAAAACUUCUAAGUUUUUGUAACCUCUAAGUAGACACCCAUAAGUUUAAGGUUUUCUCAGCUAUUGGAAAACUGACUAACAUGAAAUUCAACUGCUAGACUUGGAACUUUGGUGGCGGGGAGUGUGUGUGUGUGUGUGUAGGUUUGGAAGGGUAACUUUAGGGGCUUUGCCUGGGUGAAUUCAUCCAGAUGAGUUGACUUCUUACUCAUAACAGGCAAGAUAUAUUAAUCCUGUAGCACUAAAUCUCAUAGUUUAAAGACUGAACAGGGUAAAGGUGAGAGGAGAUGAGUCACUUCUCAACAACUCUGUAUUUCACCAUUUCAGCUUUGCUCUUCAGGGAGCCAUCUGGUCAGAUUUCCUGGCGUGAAAUAGCUUUAGGUAAUAAAUAGUCAACUUGCUCCAUUAUUCAGAUAUCUGUAGUUGACUUAUAAAUCCAUUUUUGAGAUGGGUAUUUUGGAGUAUUCUGACCAAAACUAACUAACUGAAAUGUUAUCAGGAAUAUUCGAACCAAUAAUCAUGUUUGAAAUGGAAAGGAAAGAUUCGGUGUGCCUCAUACACACUUCUGUAUUAAAGACUUGUCAGUGGUGUGUUGAAUUUUAGAAAUGACCCUUCACAAUCAUUGAAAUUCAGGAUUUUUUUAGUGCAGAUUUAUGUAUCUGUAUAUCUAGAUAUAUAAAUCCUCACAUUGGGAACUUGGAAAAUAGCAUAUGGGGAAGGGGAGUGAAGUCUUCUUGUGGGAAAGAAUGAUGGUUCAGUGGUAGAAAUAUUUUACUGUUGUAGCUAUUUCAGUAGAGAACAACCUCAUAAAAAGGUCACUUAUGGAAUAGUCAACUGAAAUAACCAACACUGGGGAGUGUGGUAGGGGAAGGCUUUGCUAGUUCAGUUUGCUUUCUCUUGCACUGAAUGUUAGGAAAAAUAGGAUUUUUGAUGGAAAAUACUGGACAAGUCAACGCUAGUUAGUAAUUAUGUGAUCCCUGUGAAUCAAGGAAGUUGAAGAAUGUAAUUUGGCAUGUUCAUUUAAGACAUUUUUGUUGGCGUAUUAAAAAUAGAUGCAUGCUCUAAUGGCUGAAGUAAUUUGAUAAAUAUUAUUCUGCAGAUUUUUCAUGUUCUUGCCCUGCUAUUUUGAGCUCCAUUGUAGGUUUAUGAAUAAAUCAGUAGCAGAGAGAAAUUUUAUUUUCAUUUAUUUAAGAAUAAAAGAGGAAGUUUUAAAAAUGUGACUCAUGCAGACAUUUUCCCUUUAAGCAAAGCUUUGGGGUGGUUUCACAGUGUUCUUUCAUUUACUGUGGCCUAAUUUGUAGUCAUUAAAAUGUAGACUCUAAGAUUAUAAUUUAUAUGGAAGGACCAGCUCAGGAAAAGUGUUUUGCUGGAGAACAAAAGGAGUAUGGAUUUGAUGUUGGUGUUUAGGAGAUUAUGUCACUGCUUGUCUGGUUGAGUUAGGUUUGUGAAGGAAACUAAUAUCCUGAUUAAUUGCCGGUCACCUUGUGGAAGCACUUUUUCUAAUUGUAAAAUAGGGGAGCCUGAUAGGUAAUUCAUUAACAAGAGAAUUAGAGACUGUUGGAAAAUUAUUUUGUCUGGCAGCUCUGUGUGUUGCAGUUUGUUUUUGCUACUUUAUUAAGUUCUACUGUAUUAUUGAUCAAUGUGUGCUUUUUAAAAACCUUUGAUUAGUCUGAAGCAGCAUUGGGUAGUGGAGAGAGGGAUGGCCUUGGGUCCAGGAAGACCCAGGGCUGACACCUGUGUGUCCCUAAGCAGCUUCCUUAAUUGGUCAUUACUCUUGGCAACUCUCUAGGGGGUCAGGCCAAAUCUGGUCCACCACUAAGAAUUGUUUUUAUCUUCUUAAAUACAGUAAAACUUUAUUCAAAAAUGUAAGAACCAUUCUUAGCUCCCAGCUGUACAAAAGCAAGUGGGUUGGCUGACCCCUGCUCUAAGACCAUAGGUUGCAGGAAAGGUGCCAACUUGCAUUGGUGGGGGGAGUUUCUUUAUUUGGGUGUUACCUGUGCCAGUGAAAGCUCAGGUUUAGUCCUUGUCCUGUCUCUUGAACAGUAUGUGGUUGAAAACUGAAUUCUAAUAUUCUUGAUACUUAAAGGCACUUCAAAGAAGCUAUUAAAAGCUUAGCUUUUUAAUAAGCAGGAGUGGAUCUUCUGUUUCCUCCUUCAGGCACUUUUCAUCUAAUUUAUAGCAUUUAAAUUUACUCUGUAGUUGAGGCCAUAAAGUUAAACGAGUUAGAUGCAGAUCUAGCUUCCAACAGUAGUUAGAAGUGAUUUCAAUAGAAAGAAAAAGGGUAUCUCCAGAAUGAGAAGAGGUAAGAAAGUAAGAAAUCAGGUGUGUGGUAUACAAUGGAUCAAAGGAGAGUUGUGACAAAUUAGAUAAUGUCUAUAAAGUGCUUUGCAAACCUUAAAACACUAUGUAAAUGUUAGCUGUUAUAUGGGGCUGAGUUUUUAAAUUAGUUACUCUUAGUGUAUUUUUUUGGAGAGUGGUUAGCAGACACAAAACUUCACAAAUUUAAUUUAGUUCCUCAGUAAAUUCAAAUUGAAAGGGAGCUGUUUGUGAAUUUUGUUUCUCCAUUAUGUAUUUAUACUAAACUAUGCUACUCCUAAGGGAAAAAAAUAAUUUUGGAACUUGUUGAUUUUUUUCAUGAAUUAACAUAAUAGUACUUAGAUGAUUUAAGUGACAUUAAAUAUUUUUCCUCAAAUAAAAAUCAGGAAAUUAUAAUUUGUGUGUGUGUUAUUGUUAUAUUUGGAGUGUAUAUGUUUUAUUCUAAUUUUUUAAAUUCCAAUUGGAAUAUUAAUACUAUGUUAUUCUAGGUUUUUUAAUUGUAAAUCUUGAUAUGUAAGGAAAACUACUGAAUGACAAAAGCAAAGAAAAUGUAUUUAUUGAUGUUAUUAUUUUGUUCAUUUUUGAUAAGCAUAAGGAAUUUAAAAUUGUUUAAAUACUUUUAUCUCCAAUAUAAUUAAUUGAAUAUUUGUAUUCUGAUACAUUGGGCAUAUGGGACAUGAAUUUUUGACUCAUACUUUAAGAAAUGGAAAGAAUUUAUAAUUAUAAUCUGAAUCAGAUCUGUCGUUUCUGAGUAUCCCCCUUUUCAGUUUUUAGCAGAAUAUGCACGUUUAAGUGCUCAGUUAGUUGAUAUAAAAAGGGCAACACUGAAUUUAUUUACAAUUUUCUCUGCAAUUUUCAUGUCUGCUAUGUUGAAAUGCUAUUUUUUAAUGAAAAAUUAUCUUUGUAAAUAAACAAUUUUAUUUAAUUUACUGAA